AAAAAAAAAAAAAAAAAAGUCCAGGGCGCUCCCAGCCCUCUCGGAAGUAGACCUCUCUCUCAUUUUUUACGCACAAGUUUCUUUCGGAGGCACAAGAGCGCUGCAGGUUUGAGAUCAAGGCCAAUAGAAACACUUUGGAUUUUGUCUGGAGUCCAACUGGAUAACCGCUGUCUUCUACCUCGACACACAACAUGAAUGCGGAGAGAGUUGUUUUGUGUUUGUAUUGGCUGGCGCUGUGCUUGCACACUUGCCUCAGCCAGAAGGACUGCACAGGUGUGGACUGCCCAGAUCUGCAGAACUGCAUUGAAACCACCCUAGACCCAGGUGCCUGCUGCCCCGCCUGCACACAAAGAGGCUGCCCCUGCGAAGGUUACCAGUACUACGACUGUGUUCAAGCAGGCUUCCGUAAGGGGAAAGUCCCACAGGGAGAAUCUUACUUUGUGGAUUUUGGAAGCACCGAAUGUGCUUGUCCCGAGGGAGGAGGGAAGAUAAGUUGCCAUUUUAUCGAGUGCCCUGAAAUUUCCCACAACUGCAUUGAAAUUUUACAGCCUGCAGAUGGAUGUCCGCAGUGCGGCCAAAUUGGCUGCGUGGACGGCAACAAGAAGUUCGAAGCGGGUCACACCUUUCAGAUAGACCCGUGUCAGUUUUGCCACUGUCCAAAUGAAGGGGGUAAGCUAAUGUGUUCACCCAUCCCUGACUGCGAGCUCCAAAGUGUUAAUAAACCCACGCAUGUUUCCACCACCGAGAACACGAAAGCUUCGAAAGACACUAACAGCUACAACUCCGAAACCAAGUCAGUGCUGGGAAACACGCUCCCGCUGUAUAAGCCAGAUCCACCCAAUUUUGGCACAGAGGAUUAUGACUACUCGCAGGCUGAGCCGACAUCAUUCCCGAUCCAAAAUGUGGCUCAACCGACUUCGGUUCCAUCCGCUUACCCCGAGACGGGCUCCACCUCACGUGAUGACAGAAAAACCGUGCUGAGGGAUCCGCAAAAAAGAUUUGAAACGGAAAAGAGCGCCGAGGUCGAUGACGCGCGUAACCAGGAGCCAUCAAGCACAAUGAGUCAAAAAGAAACAUCAACACUUCGAACAACAACAACAACAACAACAACCACGCAAAGUGUGACACUGGACGACCACAGACGACAACAGUUACGUGAAGGAAACGGCAGAACAACAACGGUGGCGCAGGACAAGGCGCACAACGUGGAUCGGAGACGCUUUAGCCACCACAAACACAGUCAAGUGAGUCGUAUCGGGAAUCAUGACAUGCUUCAUUCUGGCAGCCUAAACGGACAGGAACAAGUCUCAGUGGACCACAGGGAAACUACUGACGGGGAGGAUCGAGGCUCGCAGCCCACAAUCCAGCUCCAGCCCACCAGGAUAACGCCCACCAGACUCCCGGCUCAUUCCCAAAGACAACUUCAAAACAUCUCCAACUACCAACCCCAAGAUGUCGACACAGAGGUAGAAGUGACAGUCGUGGAGCUGGUGGACGUGUGCUGCAAGACUGGGGCAAGAUGGGCUUCGGUUAAUGGUCACUGCAACAACAUGGAGCCUCCCACAAAAGACAGACAGUCCAUCUGCUGGACGUCUCAGCAGCAGUGCUGCCUUGGCUCCUUGAGAGAAAGCCGAUGUCUGGCUGGAAUCAGUGCAGCCAGGGACGGAGAUAUGUGCAUGGAGGAUGCCAGUGAUACAUGUGGGCUCGCUUCUUACAAGGAGUGCUGUGACUGCUGCUCUCUGGGCCUGACGUUCCACCGCGAGGGUCACGAGUGUAAAGCCCACCAACACAUGGGCCUCGAGUGCAGACAAGCUUUCUUCUCAUGCUGUGAGGGAGUGGAGAAUUGGGACGACAGACAAGAUCGCUGGCGUGCCGUCAAAGAGAAGCCCACUCUCGGUGCUACUUCACCACCCAAGAAAGUGUCUGACAGCCUGUACCUGAACGAGGCCUUUUCUAUCGGAGAAGAGAGGCACGGGGAGAACGCGGUGGAGGGGCCUAUUGAGGUGCAGGACAUGAACGAGUGCCUGAUCUACGAGGUCAACAUCUGUCACCACAGAUGUGUCAACACACCGGGCUCUUUCCGCUGCGAGUGCUUCCCAGGAUAUGCGCUGCAAGAGGAUGCUUUCACUUGCGCAAAAGAGAUGAGAGACGAGGAGAACACACUGAAGGAGGAUGAUGGGCGGGGGGUGGAGCCCACCACCUCUUUUCCGCCAACCACCCGGCCCUCGGUGCCGCUCAGCCCCUGCGAAGGAAACGGCCCUUGUGACCAAUAUUGCAUCCCGGAGGCCGGAAGGCCACGCUGCUCUUGUUUCCCAGGCUUCUCCCUGAUGGCUGAUGAACAAUCCUGUGAAGAUAUUGAUGAGUGUAUGUCAGUGCACGGCUGCCAGUUGAACGAACGCUGCAUAAAUACUGCAGGGAGCUACGUCUGCCAGAGACUGAUCACCUGUCCCCCGGGAUACCAAAUCAACGGAGACUUUUGCAAAGACAUUAACGAGUGCGUGGAAGAGAGCCAUGACUGCACGCCCGAAUACGAGUGUGUAAAUACUGAAGGCUCGUUCAGGUGUAACCUCAAAGCUCGCUGCUCGCUUGGAUUUGAACACGACUCGCAAGGCAACUGUAUAGACACGGACGAGUGUUACACCAAGCCGUGUAGUUCGGGCUUUAACUGCAUCAACACAGUGGGGUCCUACGUGUGCCAGAGGAAGAUGAUAUGCAGCCGUGGCUAUCGCACCAGUCCGGAUGGAACCAGUUGCAUUGACGUGGAUGAGUGCCAGAGCGGCGCCCAUCAGUGUGGAGAGGGGCAGCUGUGCCACAACGUUGCUGGCUCCUAUCGCUGUGAAUGUCAGACCGGUUAUCAGUACGACUCCUUCAGGCGCACGUGUGUCGAUGUAAACGAGUGCUGGCACUACCCAAGCCGUCUGUGUGCCCAGACCUGCGAGAACACUCCGGGCUCCUACCAGUGCACUUGCACCACGGGCUUCCGCUUAUCCGGCGACGGCAAUAACUGCGAAGAUGUGAAUGAGUGUCUGUCUAGCCCGUGCAGUCAGGAGUGUGCCAACGUCUACGGUUCGUACCAGUGCUACUGCAGACAGGGCUACUACCUGCGAGAGGAUGGGCACACCUGCGAAGAUAUCGACGAGUGUUCUAAAAGCGUCGGCCACCUGUGCACUUAUAAAUGUGUCAACGUUCCUGGCAGUUACCGUUGCGCGUGUCCUGAAUCUGGAUACACCGUGUCUCCCAACGGACGCUCCUGCAAAGAUAUCGACGAGUGCGCCACAGGAGCCCACAACUGCUCUCUCGCCGAGACCUGCUACAACAUCCAGGGAGGCUUCCGCUGCCUCGCCCUCAACUGCCCGCCAAACUACCGCAAAGAAUCUGACACGCGCUGUGAGCGGAUCAGCUGUCCCAACUAUCUGGAGUGCCAAAACUCGCCCCUGAGAAUCACGUACUACUACCUGAGUUUCCAAUCCAACAUCGUCAUCCCGGCCCAGAUCUUUCGCAUCGGACCGUCGCCCGCCUACGCCGGAGACAACGUCAUUGUCAGCAUCACGGAGGGCAACGAGGAAAACUACUUCAGCACCCGCAAGCUAAACGCCUACACGGGCUCGGUGUACUUACAUAGACAGGUCGAGGGCCCGAGGGACUUCCUGAUUAACGUGGAAAUGAAGCUUUGGAGACAGGGGACCUUCACCACCUUCCACGCCAGGAUUUACGUCUUCAUCACCGCCAACUCGCUGUAACAGUCGGAGCUUCCGUGCAGGCCGACGUGGACCUUAAAAUACAUCAGUGUCAUUUCCCAAAGCAAAAAAUAUUUGCGUAAUCUCAUAAACAAACCACUGUCUGUGAAUAGUGUUCUUUGUAUCCAGUCUAGAGUCCAUAACAUCAUAGAACAUCGCAGUUAUACAAAGAUUUUGUCACCGUACGUCUUACUAUGUGAUCAUAAAGACAGUUCAACAUUAACGCUAAAAUAGCAUCUUUGGAAGUAAAAUAUGCAUAAUCCCAUCAGUAUGGAAUAUUUGGCCACAGCUUUAAUGACAUUACCACCUGUGGCAUUAAUUUAUCAAAUAGUUGUUUUGUUUGAUACAUACAAGGUGUAGCAAAAGAAAUGUUUCUGCCCCUUCAUGAACACCGUAGAUUAUUUCAUGCUGCACUGCUGUUUGUUUUGAAGUACUUCCAUAACCUCCAAAUAGUACAUUUUUUUUAAUAACUGUAUUAUAUAUUCAGAUGUAUGUGUAAGAGCGGAUGUAUUAUAAUUUUAUACUAAAUACACAAGUGCAAAGUAUUCAAGUGAACACCAAUGUAGGCGUUUGAGUUCUCAACAAAUGUAUUUGUUAGGAUGAAGUAUUGAAGGUGUAUUUGCGUGAGUGUGUUAUAUGGCAGGCAUUUACAAUAUAAUUAUUAUUAUUACA